GAUAUGCCACAGAUACCUGUUGUGUAGUCGGUUCAUUCAUUGUUCAUGCAUUGCAAUACCACCACGCCACCAGAGGGCGCAGUAGCCUAAUGAUUGUUGCUGAGUAGUACGGUGCUGAGGGUGAUGAAGAAGUGAGAUAAAUACAAUACCUUUCGCCUCUGUGCAUUGUGGGUAUUUAUGUGCUUGUCGACAUCCUUUUUACAACGCCUCUUAGACAUGCUAAUAAAGGUCUACCUCAGGGUGUGACGAGACUGAAGGUUCAUUUUCCACAGUGCCUUUAAGAGGCGGCUUCCCCCCUUCGUUCUGACAUCAGUCCCACACGAGACCCGAGCCGGCGACACAGGACAUCAGCUCUUCUCCCCCCCCACCACCGGCGGACGCUAAGCUAGGCUGCAGCCAUGCCUCAUCUGGAGCAGGUCAUCGUAUCCAUGGUGGAGAUGUUUGAGGAGUACGCGAACGAGGGCGGCAAGAAACACCCGAUCAGCAUGAACGAGUUCAAGGAGGUGCUGGAGAAGGAGCUGGAGGCGCCCGGACUCAAAGAGAAAAUCCAUGCGGAUGACGUCAGAGAGGCCGUAGAGAUGCUGGAUAAGAAUCACGAUGGGGAGGUCAACUUCCGAGAGUUCUCGAGGUGUGUAGCUGUCCUGGCCAAAGGGUACUACAAGCAGAAGAGGGGCAAAGGUUCCAAGAAGGCCAAAGGCAAAGAGGGUGACCAGGAGGACUAAAGGGAAAGGUCAGCCAUGAAACACUGAACUAGCCCCUAGAUAUUUAAUGUACGCUUAACAAAACUGCGGGCUAGAGAUGACGGUUGUGACCUUGCCUGCACUGCUCUGCUGACAGGUGUGACCUAGGAGGACACACUGACAUACAGUACAGAUAGCUUACCCACUACAGGUAUUGUCUGUUUGCACACCUAUUUAAAGAAAGAUGACGCUCAAACUGGUUAUUGAUGAUCAGAACUGAAUAAACUGAGUGCUUUACCCUCUAUAGUAUAUCUUGGUUUUGAAUGGUUUCUAAACCACCGUUACUGGCUGAAAAUAAAAUA